AUGCUGCUUGUGGUUAUCCUGGUUCCGCUCUUCGGGGUGGCCCUGGUGGGCUCCGCUGAGUCGAAUGUCAAACCUCCGCAGAUAUACGUCUACACCCGAGACCCAAUCAAAAAUGGAGAACCGAACGAGCUGAUCUGCCACUGCAAGAACUUCCAUCCUCCCAUCAUUGAUCUAAAGCUGAAGCACAACGGUGAAGAGUACAAGGACUUGUUCCAGUCUGACAUGUCCUUCGACCAGGACUGGUCCUACUACAUCACCAAAUCCUCCAAAUUCACACCACAAGAGGGGGUUAAAUACAGCUGCGAUGUCAAGCACAGUGAUGGUCCAGUCAAGUCCAUCGUCCUGGAUAUGGUACGUUCCCGGGCUGCUCACAUUCAGUGGGGAACCUAG